AUACCCCCAAAUUCUUCACCUUCACGCGAGAUCCAGCCAGCCUGCGGAAGGAAGGAAGAGAGAUCCCGGAAGAAAACCAGCAUUAACAACUCCCAUCUCAUCUCAUCCCAUUUAAUAUUAUUAACAUUAAAAUAAUAAUAACAAAUACUUGCAUUCGUUCAUUCAUUCUUCUUACAAACAUCCAAAAACCCCUUUAAUCUCCAUUUUCCAGGAUUAUUAUAUAAAUAUUAUAGUUUGGUUAUAUCUAUGUUUGGAGGACAUGUGACAACUCUUCCUGUUAACAAUAGUCCACAUCUACGCAAAUCUGGAAGUAGACAAUUGUUUUCUGAUCUUCUUGAGACGAGUGGAAUGAAGGUUGCCGGGGGCACACCGUUGGUAGCUGGUGCUAUGUUACCCUCCCCGGUUUUGCUUUGGAGGUUAAAGGUGGUGCUAUUCUUUUUAUGGGGGUUUAGCUGUUGCAAGAUUGGAUGGGAUUCUGUCAUGAGGAUGAGUUUGGACCUGCGAGAUCUUUUUCUUUAUGAGGCGUUUUUGUAUUAUAAUCCUCUUCUUCUUGUGACCGCUGCAGUUUGGUUUUGGGGUGCAAACUUAUGGGUUUUUGCACAGUCUAACGUCAGUUAUUCCAAGAUUUUUGAUCUUGAUCAGAAUCAUCUUAGUCAUAAAGAAAUAUGGAAGUGUGCCACAUGGAUGACAAUCAUUGUUCCAACGAGCAUGACAUCAUAUCUUUAUCUAUAUUCUCAUGGAGAAGUGUCAUGGGCGGCAUCUCAACCAGUACUCCUGUAUACUGCUGUUGCAAUUAUCCUGAUAUUCCCUUUUGAUAUUUUUUAUUUGUCAACGCGCUUCUAUCUGCUAAGGACGCUCUGGAGAAUUGUCUUUCCUUUUCAGGCAAUAGCAUUUGCUGAUUUUUUUGUGGCUGAUAUAUUGACCUCAAUGUCAAAGGUCUUUUCAGAUUUGGAACGUUCGGUUUGCAGAAUGGUUCACAAGCAGGUGGCAACCAUUGCUUGGUUUGAAGCUGAUUCCGUUUGUGGCAGUCAUGCCGUUGCUAUUCCAAUUGUUCUUGUAUUGCCUUAUAUAUUUCGUCUCUUUCAAUGUUUGCGACAAUACAAGGAUACCAAGGAAAAAACUUCUUUACUUAAUGCAUUGAAGUAUUCAACUGCUGUACCGGUGAUUUUCCUUUCUGCUUUGAAGUAUCAUGUGUUUCCCGACAGUUGGAUUAACUUCUACCGACCUCUCUGGCUACUCUCAAGUUUUUUAAAUUCUCUGUACUCAUUUUACUGGGAUGUGACUCGAGAUUGGGAUCUAAGCUGCUUUACUCGAAUCUUCAAGUUCACCAAACCACAUCUCGUCUCGCAACUUAUUUAUGGACAAAAAUGGGUAUAUUUCUGGGUGAUAGGAAGCAAUCUGAUAUUGCGUUGUACCUGGACAUACAAGUUAUCUGCCCAUCUUCGCCAUAAUCACCUCACAGUUUUUGCAAUUACCACAUUAGAGAUUUUCCGCAGAUUCCAAUGGGCAUUUUUCCGUGUAGAAAAUGAGUGGAACAAAAUGAACUCGAGACAGAACAUUAACGUUCAGAUGGGUGACAUCUCUGGUGAAGAGGAAAAACUACUCAGCUUGAACAAUCACAAUGUAUAGAUAGAUAUUUGCAUAUUUGACUAACAUUUGAGUUCGUGUUUCGUAUUUCACUAUCUGGUAAACUAUUUUUGCACGUUCAAUUUUGUAUGGGUAUCUUGAAAACCAAUAUCGCAAGAUUAUAAUAGGUUUAGUCAUUAUCUUA